AUGGCAGCAGUGAUUUACAUCACUGUCAGCUCUCCGUCCAACGACUCAAUGACGUCACUUGUCUGCUCUAAGACAAAGGUUGCACCACUGAAGAGGCUCACAAUACCAAGAUUGGAGUUGUCUGCAGCACUUCUAUUGGCAAAACUCACAAAAUAUGUUCAAUCAACGCUCAAGGUAAAGAUCAAUGCAACGCACCUGUGGACGGAUUCUCAAGUUUCGCUCAUAUGGAUCAAAUCGCAAGCAUCACGUUGGAAGGAUUAUGUUCGGAACAGAGUCAUUCAGAUCCAAGAACUCACUCCAAAUGCGCAUUGGAGGCAUGUUCCAGGUACUUCUAAUCCAGCCGACUGUGCUUCCCGAGGCAUUUCGACAGAUCAACUUCAACGAUUCGAGCUUUGGUGGAAAGGUCCUCCAUGGAUGGCUCGAAAUCAAGAUCAUUGGCCAGAGCAAAAGGAAUUCUCAACUUUAAACAGCGAGCUCGAAGUGAGACCCAAUGUCUCACUCUUUGCUUCAGCUCAAAAGCUAAGUUAUCAUUGGAAUCUCAUUUACAAAUAUUCAUCUCUUAUUAAGCUGUAUAGACUGACUGCACUUUGUUUCAGGUUUGCCUUACGGCUUAAGAGAAAGCUCGAAACUCCUCCUGUGAUCAUCAUACCAUCCUGCGACAUGGAGAAGGCGCAGCUCUUUUGGAUUCACGCGACUCAACACUUGUAUUUCACCAGCGAAACCAAGACGCUCAACUCAGGCUCAACCCUGCCUGCAACUCACCCCUUCAGUCGCCUCACCGCCUUCAUCGAUUCGCAGGGAACAAUACGAGUAGGAGGAAGACUCACAAACACAGCGCUCAGCAGGGAUGAAAAACAUCCAGCGAUCCUCCCACGGGACGCUCACCUGUCGAAGAUCAUCAUUGAAGAUGCUCACAAGCGAACAUUUCACGGAGGAACGCAGCUCACGCUCGCAUACAUUCGACAACGGUACUGGAUCAUCGGUGGCAGAGCUCCUGUAAAAUCUCACAUUUUGAGAUGUGUCGUGUGUGCUCGUCAGAGGGGGAUUCGUGCUCGUCAGAUGAUGGGUCAACUACCUCUCUGUCGAGUCACACCAUCACGACCAUUCGCUCACACCGGUGUCGAUUAUGCAGGACCAAUCACAAUGAAAAAUUCAAAGGGAAGAGGCUCGAAAACAAUCAAGGGAUGGAUCUGCGUGUUCGUAUGUUUCUCCUCAUCAGCUGUUCACCUCGAGGUUGUCAGCGAUUACUCAACCGAGGGAUUUCUGGCAGCCUACAGAAGAUUCUCAUCACGAAGAGGGAUCGCUCACAAGUUGUACUCUGACUGUGGUACAAAUUUCAUUGGAGCACAGGCAGAGCUCAAACGCCUGUUCACGUCAAGUUCACAGGAGCACCGACAGAUCGCAUCGAUUCUGUCAGCUGACAGCACUCAAUGGAUGUUCAACCCACCAGCUGCUCCUCACAUGGGAGGAAAAUGGGAAGCUGUGGUGAAAUCAAUCAAGUACCAUCUCAGGAGAACAAUUGGUGAGCUCUUACUAACAUUCGAAGAGUUUUCCACUCUCCUCACACAGAUCGAAGCGGUGCUCAACUCAAGACCAUUGGAGCCGCUCAGUGACGAUCCCGACGACAUCUCUGCGCUCACCCCAGGACACUUCCUCAUCGGUUCAGCGCUCAACACGAUACCAGAACCAUCACUGCUCGACGUCUCACCAGGCAGAUUGUCGAAAUGGCAACUGAUCCAGCAGAGGGUUCAACACUUCUGGUCUCAGUGGUCUCGACACUACCUGCAAAGACUGCAAUCGAUCUCAAAGUGGCAUCAUCCAUCGAACGACAUCAAGACAGGCUCGUUGGUGCUGCUCACGAACGAGCAUCUUCCACCGAGCAAGUGGCCACUCGCAAGAGUGACCGAAGUUCACCCCGGCAAGGAUGCCCUCACCAGGGUUGCAACCGUGAAGACUGCAACCACGACUCUCGUCAGACCGAUCACCAAGCUUGUCAUCCUGCCUGUUCACCAUCAAGCUGAGCUCACCUCUGCAGAAACAUCAUCAACGAGUUGCUGA